AUGUCAUUUAUCAAGAAAUUAGCUUUCUGGAAAAACAAUUCCAAGAAGGAAACUAAAACUACUAAGGCUGUAGACUCAAAGAAGACUCAAGAAACUGAACAAAACUCCAAAACACAAGAAAAAAUGGUUGCUCAAACUGAAUUACCAAAAACCAUGAAGGCUGUCGUCAUCGAAGGUGACAAUGCUGUCGUUAAAUCUGAUGUUCCAUUACCUGAAUUAGAAGAUGGUUUUGCUUUAGUUAAGACUAUCGCUGUCGCUGCUAACCCAACUGAUUGGAAACACAUUUCUUACAAAAUAGGUCCACAAGGUUCUAUUGUUGGUUGUGAUGUUGCUGGUAGAAUUGUUAAGUUAGGUCCAAAUGUUACUGAUUAUGCUGUAGGUGAUUUGAUUUAUGGUUUCGUCCAUGGUUCCUCUGUCAGAUUCCCAACCAAUGGUGCCUUUGCUGAAUACGUUGCUGUCGAUACUCUAACUGCUUACACUCCAUCUAAGGAUAUUAAGUUAUCUGAUUCUGAUUUACCAGAAGGUCCAGUUACUUCUAUGGAAGGUGCUGUCACUUUACCUGUCUCUUUGACUACUGCCGGUGUUGUUUUAACUUUACAUUUUGGUAACAAAAUGGAAUGGGAACCAGCUACUCCUCAACAUGAUUUCCCAUUGUUGAUCUGGGGUGGUGCCACUGCUAUUGGUCAACCAUUGAUUCAAUUGGCUAAGAAGUUGAAUGGUUACACUAAAAUUAUUGCUGUUGCCUCUAAGAAGCAUGAAGCUACCUUGAAAUCCUACGGUGCUGAUGAAGUUUUCGACUACCAUGAUGAAGAUGUUAUUGACCAAAUCAAAGCUAAAUACAACAACAUCCAACACUUGAUUGACGGUGUUUCUAACCCACAAACUUUGAACCAAAUUUAUCAAUGUGCUGCUGAUAAAGAAGAAGCCACUGUCAUGCAAUUAGUUACUAUGGAUAUUGAAACUGUUGAAGAAUCUUUGAGAAGAGAUAAUGUUAAGGUCACUGGUACCAUGUUGUACUUGGCUGCUGGUAAAGAAGUUCCAUUUGGUACUAUUACCAUGCCAGCUAACCCAGGUUACAGAAAGGCUGCUGUCGACUUUGUUAACUUCAUUAACCCAAAGAUUAAUGAUGGUGAAAUUCGUCACAUUCCUGUUAAAGUCUUCAAGAAUGGUUUGGAAGACAUCCCAACUAUGUUGGAAGAUAUCAAGGAAGGUAAGAACUCUGGUGAAAAAUAUGUUGCUACCUUUUCUAACUAG